UUCAAUAGCGACCACCUUCCCCUCACAAACUCAAGACAGGAAGCACCGCACGGUUCAGCCAGCAAGCAAGUUCCUCAAAUGGAGAAGCCCCAUGCAGUCAUGAUCCCUUUCCCCAGCCCUGGCCACAUAAACCCCAUGCUGCAGCUGGCCAAGAUUCUCCAUUUCAAAGGCUUCCACAUCACCUUCAUCAACACCGAGUUCAGCUACCGUAUUAUGUUGAAGUCUGCAGGACCAGAUGACCUCAGAGGCCCCAAUGAUUUCUGUUUUGAAACCAUCCCUGAUGGUCUCUCCCCCUCUGAUCGUGAAUGCCCGGAAUAUAGUACGAAAUUCUACCUCUCAACAAAAAUAAACAGUGUUGCUCCCCUUAGAGAACUCCUAUCAGAGCUCCAUAACUCCUCCUGCUCACCCCCCAUCACUUGCAUCAUAUUCAACUGGCUCAUGAGUUUUUCUCUAGAUGUUGCUCUACAGUUGGACAUCCCUGCGCUGGUGUUCUGCACGAUGAGUGCUUGUGGUUUCAUGGGCGCCCUUCACUUGGGCGAGCUCAUUCAGAGAGGAUAUAUACCACUAAAAGAUAAGAGUUGCAUCACAGAUGGAUAUCUUGAUACAAGUAUAGAUUGGAUUCCUGGAUUGAAAGGUGUACGUCUUGGAGAUAUUUCUAGUUUUGUUAGAGCAGUCGAUCGUGAUGACAUGUUUCUCAACUUCGAGAUGGAAACGGCAAAUAAUUCCCUCAGAGCCUGGGGAUUAAUCCUCAAUACCUUUGAUGGCAUGGAAUGUGAUGUCUUGCGUGCCAUGAAACAAAUGUUCCCUCGGAUGUACGCAUUAGGCCCUUUGCCUGCACUCCUCAAUCAUUUAACAGAAAACCAGAGGAAUCCGAUAUGCUUAAGCCUUUGGAAAGAAGAUUCUAGUUGUAUGGAAUGGUUGAAUACCCAGAGAGACUCUUCAGUCGUCUAUGUGAAUUUUGGAAGCCUCACAGUGAUGACAACCCAGCAGCUGGUAGAGUUUGCCUGGGGCCUCGCAGAGAGCAAACAUCCAUUCUUGUGGAUCAUCAGGCCUGAUCUUGUUGCUGGUGGGCUUGCUGCAUUGCCUGAGGAAUUCAUUAUAGAAACCAAGGGGCGAGGUCACCUCGCUAGUUGGUGCUCGCAAGAAGAAGUGCUCUCUCACUCUUCUAUUGGAGGCUUUCUGACACACAGUGGCUGGAAUUCAACACUGGAGAGUGUUUGCAGUGGUGUGCCAAUGAUCUGCUGGCCAGGCUUCGCAGAACAAUAUACAAAUUGCAGAUAUGCCUGCAAGGAAUGGGGAAUAGGCAUGGAGAUCAACCAAGAGGUGACGAGAGAGCAGGUUAAGGGCCUGAUAAAAGAAUUGAUGGAAGGAGAUAGACGACAGAAAAUGAGGAAAAAUGUCAUGAAGUGGAAAGAGAUGGCAAAGCAAGCAACCUCGCAAGGGGGAUCUUCUUAUGCAAACUUAGAGAGAUUAAUUAUGGACUUGGUAACUCAAACAUAGGAGCAAAUCCUGGUAAGUUUUGUUGAUGGCGCAGAGAAGGAAACAGCAAGCAUGUUCUGUGUAAAAGAGAAUAUCAUGUUUCAUGGACUAUCUACAAAUCUUUACACUUCUUUAGUACGUAUGUCAAGACUAUGCAAGCAUUACUGUUUUGGAGAAAAAUCUGAAAAAUGAUAACAUAUUUGUGUAGUAUUUUGCCGUGCAAUGGUGAAAAUAUGAUUGGUUAGAAAAUCAACAGGGCAGAAACAGAAAACUAGCAGAGGAAUGAAACCAAGAAGGGAGAUCCAUUUUGCAGUCAGUGCCUUCUUCUAAAACAGAAUGUAUACCAACUGUUGUGGAUUGAAUCCUUUCUGGACUGGAGGCACUGGGGCAGGGCAAUGUUUGGGGCGGCGGCGGCGGUGGCCGAACCUAUAGGAAAAGCCUCCACCGGAUGUGGCUCCGGCAGAGACCCUUGCUCAAGUCAAUUUUUUUUACAGUAGAUGAAAAAGAGCGAGUGUUUAU